AUGGGCCAAGAAGAGCAGGAACUCGGCGACGUCGAUAUGGAGAGCCAACGGAAGGACGUCGACGAGCCACAUCAGCAACAGGGCGAUGAGUCUCCCCCCCAGCUGAAGAGUGGUACAGCGAAACUAACAGUCCCGUCCACCGGAGACCUGAAACAAACCAUUCUCGAGGGGCUGGAGAAAAAGGGGGAUCGCGGUCUGUGGCUUUGGGCAUUAUUCAUCCUGUGCCUGACGCCCAACAUACUCAACGGAUUUCACGUGUCGUCGUACGUCUUUCUUGGCCAGUUGCCGAAAAACUACUACUGCAUCGUACCCGAGCUCCUGCAGGCUGGCUGGAGUCACGAGGAAAUACGCAACAUCACCUCACCAACUGGCAGCACCAGGAACGGUACCUGUACGAUCUACACCUGGAACUAUGGGCAGCUGAGCGAGCUAAACUACAACGAUGCACUCAGUUACACUCAGUCCCAUCCGCCACCGGCCGAAGUGAACUGUCUCGCCACGGCCCGAACCGGUGCCGGGUGGCACAUGUACUACGAUCAACCCGACGGUGUAUCGAUCGUGCCGGAAUGGGAUCUGCUGUGCGAACGGACUGCCCUGCGCUCCACGGUACAGGUGGCGCUGUCGAUUGGCAAGUUUGUCGGUGCCUCUACCUUCGGUGUCAUCUCCGACAAGUACGGCCGCAAGACGAGCUUUUCGAUUGCGGCAACACUGUACAUCGUGGCCGGACUGCUAACGACCUUCUCACCAUUCUACGCACUGUUGCUGCUCGGUCGCAUCGGGUUGGGUGCGUCGGCAUCCGGUGUAUUUUAUCCAGCAUUCGCACUACUAACGGAAAACAUCGGUAAACGCCACCGGUCCUGGAUGAGUAUAGCGUUCAACUUUUCCUAUCCGCUCGGUAUGCUCUGCCUAGCGCUGGCCGCUUACCUUAUUCAACCAUGGCGAGAUCUUUCGCUCGCUCUGACCGUACCAUCAUUUCUGCUCGUGAUACACCUCUACUUCUUGGUGGAGUCACCGCGAUGGUUACUGAGCAAAGGUCGCGAGCGGAAAGCAUACCGGAUGGUGUUUGGACACAGUGCCCCACAGGAGCUGGUCGAUAGUGCGACGGUGGCGGAGAAGAAUCAAGGCGCGGACGAUGACUCUGACCCCGCAGCCGUACCAUUCGGUACGAAGCUAAAGCAAUCGUUCAGCGAGUUUACAAAGCUUUACGGCACACCGGUGCUAUGCCGUCGUGCUCUUAUUUGUCACUUUACGUGGUGCAUCACCUCGCUGUGCUAUUACGUUACAGCUCUCAACGCGGACAACUUUGCAGCCAAUCGAAACGUGUACGUUGCCACCACCGGUUCGGUAGACAUCGUAGCCUACAUACUCUCAAUGAUCGUGCUCGCGUACUUUGGUCGGCGCAGUUCAUCGUUCUGCUUUUUCCUGUACGCGGGCGUUUGUCUGCUGGUUGUGCUUGCUAUCCCGCAGGACAACACAACCCUGCUGGUAACGCUUGCCAUGUUGGGUCGGGUGGGAAUCACCGCCGUGUACGCGAUCGUAACACUGCAUACGGCCGAACUCUUCCCAACCGAGAUACGCAACACGGCGCUCGGCAUCUGUUCGACCAUGGCGCACGUUGGAUCGAUCGCUGCACCGUACAUUACGGAUCUGCUCGGUCGGCUUGCCUGGUGGAUACCGACCACGAUAUGCGGCUGUUCGGUGCUGUUGGCCGGUGCGCUCACACUGUUGCACCCGGAAACGCGCGAUGCCGCACUGAAGGAUCAUGCGCAGCAGGAGCAGCACGAUCUUCAUGCGGUGGACGAGGAAGAGAUGCACGAAAAGGGUGAAAAAUCAAGUACGGGUAACUAA